AAUUGGGCUCAUAAAUAGUGCAGUCCAUAACACUCGAGCCGAAUCGGCCAACAUUUUUUUUUCUAUAAAUAAAAUCAAAUUUAUCAAUUUUAUAUUUUUCCCUUGCCAAAUCAAUAUCUCGGUUUCAAACGUCUGAAGCAAAUUGCUUCCAUGCUAUACAAGGGAAAGCCCCAAAUUAAGACUGAUUAAAGAAAAAGGCUGCGAAUCGAGCUCGAAUUAGACAAUAUUUGUAAUAAUUAGGGUAUAAUUACUCAAAUUAUAACCGACGGAGAAGAUGCGACGGCAGGGCGGGCACUACGGCGGCGAUUCCGGCGGCGGUGGCGGGGCUCAAUCGAAUCAGAACAGCAAGUCUGGGUAUUACCAGGGGCGCCACCAGGAGCAGCAUCAGCAGCCCGGAGACAAGGAUGGAGCUCAGCAUAGCAAUCAAUGGCGGUGGGAAAGAGACGGCGGCCCCGAAGCUAAAUUGCCGCAAACUGCUAUGUCUCCCACUGCGCCUUUCUCCGAAGGCCAAGGGCGUGAUGCACCCAGAUCCUAUUACCAGAACCAGAGGAUGGACCCCCGGAUGCCAACGGAGAGACAGGGUGGAGGAGAUCCUAGAUCUCAGUCCCAUGAAGAGGAUAUGGAUAUAGGCUAUGAAGAUACUCGUGUGACGCCGACAUUGGAAGGUCUUGAACAGAGAUUUGUGGAUGACAUCAUGAAACUGAGCAAAGAACAAACAGAUGCAGAGGAUGCUGAAAAUGCUAGGCAUAGGGAGAGAAUAAUUGCAAUCAACGCCAAAUACGAAGAGCAGUUAUUCGCCCUCCGAGCCAAGCACGUCAGCCGGAGAGACGAGUUCCUCCGGAGAGAAUCUCAAGCAAGGCAUCAGCAAUACCAGCAGAUUUUUAUGGAGCAGUAUCCCACCAGCGGAGCCGGCCCUAGCAGUGACCCUCGGAGUGUGAAUGCAGGAUCGGGUGGCGAACCACACCGCUCCUACAACUCAGACUCGUAUGACUCGUACAGAGAACGGGGCCGAUACCCUAGGGAUCAUGGAUACGAGCCUAAAGCUCCGUAUCCGAGGGGCCGCGCCUACGAAUCGGCCUCCCGUUAUUACUGAUUAGUGUUUUCUAGGACCGGCAUAGCUUUGUAUUUCUAGGAUGAGCUACUGAAAUCUCGUUAACUUGCCAUCUUCAUGUCGUUGAGGAACUCAUCGUUUUACAUUAUGUGGCUCUGUGCUGAGAGACUUUUGUGUUUGUAUCGUCAUUUAUUUUUACACCAGAAUACAUCAAUCCAAGUAGUAGGAAUUCACGCGA